CCUGGAGACCCUGGGGCCGGCAACUGCUCCCUGAGCAUCACGGAUGCCCAGAGGGGACACGGUGGAAACUAUUAUUUUCACCUGGACAGAGGUCUCACGAGACACACAUACAAGAGUAACAGGCUCACUGUGCAUGUGAGAGCGCUGACACAGACCCCGGAUAUCCGGGUCAAGGAGCCCCUGGAGUCCGGCUGCCCCAGCCACCUGACAUGCUCUGUGCCAGGGGCCUGUGAUGGGUCGAUGCCCCUCACCAUCUCCUGGACAGGGACUGCCCUCAGAGCCCCGGGACUGGACUUGGAGGCCUCUAACUCCUCGGAGAUCCUGCUCACACCCCGCCCGCAGGACCACGGCACCAACCUCACCUGUCGGGUGACCUUCCCCAGGGUUGGCGUGAGCACCCAAAGCACCAUUAUGCUCAACGUCUCCUAUGCCCCACAGAACCUGAGCAUCAGCAUCUCUCGAGGAAAUUGCACAGAACUGAAAUACCCGGGGAAUGGCUCGUCUCUUCCAGUCCUUGAAGGGGAAUCUCUGCUCCUGGUCUGUGCUGCUGAUAGCAACCCUCCUGCCACACUGAGCUGGGCCCAGGGGAGCCGGACUCUGGGCCCCUCCCAGCCCUGGGAGCCGGGGGUCCUGGAGCUGCCCCGAGUGGAGCUGGGCCAUGGAAGCAAAUUCACCUGCCAAGCUCAGAACCCGCUGGGCUCCCAGCACGUCUCCCUGCAUCUCUCUGUGGUCUACCCCCCGCGGCUGCUCAGCCCCUCCUGCUCCUGGGAGGGCGAGGGGCUGCACUGCAGCUGCUCCUCCCGAGCCCACCCGGCCCCCACCCUGCGCUGGCGGCUGGGGGAGGGGCUGCUGGAGGGGAACCACAGCAACGCCUCCUGGACUAUCACCUCCAGCUCUGCGGGGCCCUGGGCCAACAGCUCCCUGAGCCUCAGCGGGCCGCUGGGCUCUGGCCUCAGACUCAGCUGCGAGGCCCGGAACGCCCACGGGAAACAGAGCGCCACGGUCCUGCUGCUGCCAGGGAAGCCUGAGCUUGGGGGAGGAUUCGUUCUGGGGGCUGUCGGGGGUGCUGGUGUUGCCAGCCUGCUCAGUCUCUGUCCCUGCCUCAUCUUUUUCAUGGUGAAGAUCUGCAGGAAGCAGGCACUGGAGCCGGCAGCUCAUGGGAAGGAUGUCGCCUGCACGCUGGGUCCCCUCUCCCGGGGUUACCAGCCUGAGUAUCCGUCAGGCACCCCCCGACCCUGCCUGCCCCCAGCCGUGGCCGCUCCCACCUUGGAGGAGGACCAGGAGCUCCAUUACGCCUCCCUCACCUUCCACGAGCUGAGGCCCUGGAAGCCUCAGGACCCCGAGGGCCUCAGCACCACCAAGUAUUCAGAGAUCAAGAUCUGCAAGUGAUGACCCCAGACUCCAGCGAGCUCCCGCGACCUCUGGGUAGAGAGCCCAGGGCUUCUCAGGAAGGGAGACA